UUUGCGACUUUUCUUUUCAACUUGUUCAACUGAUUUUUACAGCGGCAAAUCUAAUAAAAAUUUAUAAAUUUAAUAGUUAUUACGAUUAAAAUGGCAAAUGACUAUUAUGUAAAUAUUUCGGUGACGCCUUCGUGCUCCUCAUCGCGCUGGUUGACGGAGGAAGUGUUUAAAUUGAUCGAUAUGGUGCAGCAUGAUGAAGCCAUCUAUAAUCCGCGUCAUAAAUAUUACUUUUGCCGGCCAUAUGUAGAGAAUUUUUGGCGUGAGGUCGAUCAAAAGUUAGAAAAGAAUCCUGGCGCUAGUCUUGCAAAAUGGACAAAUUUGCGUAUAUCUUUUCGACGGGAAUACACUAAUUAUUUGGAAGAAAAAGUGCCGCCUUGCUGGACUUAUUUUGAUCGAAUGUUUUUCCUGCAUCCCUAUUUGAGGAAAAAACAUACACAACCUAAAUCGCUGGAUUCACAAGUACAAGAUGCGUUGGUACGCAUUAGUUCCCUAUCUGAUCGUUUACAGCGUGAGCGCACAGCUGCGGUGGCUACACUUGGUGGCAGCAGCACUACCGGAGAAAUACACGGUUCACAUUUGCAUUCUCAACAGCCACAUCAUCAGCCACUUGAUAAUUAUUUGGAAUAUUUUGAUGAUCCGGAACACAAUUCCGAUGACUUAGAUGAUGUUAUUGAUGAUGAACAACGGUCGCGUUUUCGACACACCGAGCAGCACAUACACACACUCAAUAAUGACAUAAAAUCCGAAUGUGAUGAUGUUAAAUCGGACGUUGAUGAUUAUGAGCCAGAGUCAUUGGUGCGACCAGAUGAAGAAGAUAAUGAAUUGGAAGAGAUGGAAAUGCGCAACUUCAUGAUGGAUUCUUAUGCUAGUAGCAGCACACAAAUACCAUUAGAGGAAAGGCGUGCACAGUUGCGUGUGCAGCAACUGAUGCGUUUACAAGCACGUUCCUAUCAAGAAGAAUUACGCAUUAAACGGCCACGCUCGCAGGAAAGCAUAAGUAGCACUCAAUUGAAUCAUGGUAAUAGUGGGGGAGGUGCUGGUGGCGGAAGUGUUGGCAAUAGCAGUAGCAUCAGUACAAUUGGUAGCGGUGGACAGCCCAACACCAAUGCUGGCACCUCUAUUGGCGGACACACACGCAUGCCUUCCACUGCCACUAGCUCGGCUACAUCGCAUACAAACGUUUCAUUCGUGCGACCAACACUUGCGAAACCAAUGGAAUUAGUGAGCACCACAACAAGUAAUAGUGGCAGUGUGGGUCUCAGCGUAGGAACUGGCGUUAGCGUUGGCAGCACACAAAUAAAUAUUGAUGCCGACUUGAAUGCAAGUAGCACAACAAAUGUAAGCAGUCAAGUAGCAUCCGCUUCGACCGUUUUAAAUCAACAUCAACGCCACACCAGCAAUGCCCAUCAGAAUCAUAAUUACAAUAGUGUUAGUGCUGGCGGUAGCAAUAGUACGCAUCAUCGUUUAGAAAUUGUGGGCGUACCAGCUGGCUCUGGAGCUAGCGGUUUGACAGCAAGUGGUCAUGGCUCGGCAGGAACAUCGGCGACAGCGCUCAUAACUGCACCACCGGCAGCCGCUGCGCCUGCUGCAGUAGCUUCGACGCAUGUGGAGUUGUGCGAUUGCAAAACAGAUCCGGAUGCAAUGUUCCUUAUGAGUUUACUACCAGAUAUACAAAAAUUAAAUGGACGCGAUCGAGGCAAAAUCAAGAUAGCUUUUCAAAACAUACUACAGGACUAUUUGUAUCCAGAUUAGUUGUAAACUUAAAGGAGAAAUCAGAAAUCCUGCUUCAAAGUGCCGUGUGGCGGCAGGGUAUGUACGUUUUGAGCCACUACUAUAAUUUAAGUUUAGCGGUAGAGAUUGCCAUCUUUUUUUUUGUUUUUACUAUCUAAAUGCUUAGGAAUGAGUUUUAUGUGCAAUUAUUCUUUCCCGUUAGUCCACGAUUAGAGAAAUAAGGCGAUGUAAGUAAAAAUGAAUACGAUUGAGCUAGUCUAGUAGAAAAAUUAAAUGAUGGCAUGUCUUUUACACUAGUGACUAGUCUAUGUAGAUCUUUAUAAGAAACCUUUCAAACCUUAUGAUAAAAAGGCUUUGUUAAAAAUAAUUCCCCGCAUAACUUGCAAGAAAAUUCCAUCAUUAGGAUUAUAAGCAUAUUUAGGUUAUUCACACAAACAAAAAUAUGUACACUAAACAAUAAUAAUCUUCAAGCAGAUAAACUAUUAAGUAGGAAAGUGCAACAGUAUUCCUUACAUUCAUAAAAUAUUUGCAUAUGUGAUGCUUAUAGUAUAGUAUAUUUUUAAGAUUAUAUUUAUAUGCGUACAUUUAUAUGUAGGCCACACAUACCCUGCAGUAAAAAAUGGAGGCGGUCCUUUUGUAACAAAGUCUUCAAAUGUUGCACGAUGGAUUUAGAAUAGUGAUCUGAUAACUAUUCCACAGGUCGAAGUGGAGUUAAAUUAAAAAUAAUAGGCAAAAUACACCACACAACAUGUCUGCGCAGACUGUCUCGUCGUGUAUUUCGCCGCUUUAUGUUUGCACAGAUGGUCUCACAUACUGUCUGUGUAAACUCCAAAAAUUUUGAUAUUGGUCGCCGAAUUUUGACAUAAUUGAUUAGCUUUCAUGAAGUGUAGACCUGCGCGG